AUGGCGUCACAAAUGGCGAUCCUAAAUCGAACUCGUUCUCUUCUCACAAAAUCCAAAUCAACCAACAUCACAAUCAAAACCAUUUCAACUUUCCCAUUUCUCAACCAAGAACCCGAACUCGCAGAACCAACACUCACACCAACACCUUCAUCUCUUCCUCCAAAUCCCGCUUCCGGAAGCCCACUCUACAACGAGAAUUGGCGAAAUCCUCUCCCCAAACCCCUAUCCUCAAACUCAAACGCGGUAGCUCCGUUUGGUCUCGUCACGCGCGCUUCACUCUCUGAAACCUACGAUUCCCACGCGCUUCUCAACAUGUUCGGGGAUUGGAUGGCGUCGCAACAGUGGCAUGAUGUGAAGGAUUUGUUUGAGGCUUGGGUUAGGUCGUUGGAUAAAAAUGGGAAACCUAAUAAGCCUGAUGUGAAUCUGUUUAAUCAUUAUCUUAGGGCGAAUCUUAUGAUGGGAGCUUCUGCUGCUGAUUUGCUUGAUUUGUUAGCUCAGAUGGAGCAUUUUGAGAUUUUGCCGAAUACAGCGUCGUUUAAUUUGGUUCUUAAGGCUAUGCAUCAGGCUGGUGAAACGCUUGCUGCUGAAAAACUUCUCGAACGGAUGCUGCAGUCAGGAAAUGAAGCUCUCCCUGAUGAUGAAUCAUAUGACUUGGUCAUCGGAAUGCUCUUUUCAACCGAUCAGAUUGAUGCUGCGUUCAAAUAUAUAGAUUUAACUCUGAAACAUGGUAACGUGUUGUCAAUGAAUUUAUUUAUGAACUGUGUGAGGAGUUGUGUCAAACAGGGAAGACUUGACACGUUGGUGGCAAUAAUUGACAAGUGCAGGGCAACAGAUCAAAACAAAGCCCUUUGCCCCUCGUGGAACUUGUGUAUUUUUAUAGCUGAAGUUGCAAUUCGAGAGGAUAAUAGCAAGUUAGCCUAUUAUGGCCUGGAAUUUAUGGCCCGAUGGAUUGUUAAGGGUGAACAUGCAAGACCUCCUGUGUUGCUUUCUGUAGAUGAAGGUUUAGUCGUGUCAGCUUUGUUGACUGCAGGUAGAACCUAUAAUUCUGAGCUGCUAGGAGCGGCAUGGGCUGUUUUGGACCGCUCAUUGCGUAAAAAGAAGUUACCGAACCCAGAAUCUUAUCUUGGAAAGAUGUAUGCCCUUGCAUCAUUGGGGAAUUUACAAAAGGCAUUUGGUACUCUCCAUGAAUAUGAGUCUGCUUAUGGAGAUUCCAAUCAAGAAGCUGAUGACUUAUUCUGCCCAUUUACUUCUUUACAUCCAUUGGUUGUGGCAUGCUCCAAGAAGGGUUUUGAGACUUUGGAUACUGUUUAUUUUCAACUGGAGAAUUUAAGCCGCGCUGAGCGUCCUUACAAGUCUGUUGCUGCGCUGAACUGCAUCAUUUUAGGAUGUGCUAACAUAUGGGACCUUGAUCGAGCUUACCAAACUUUUGAAUCAAUUGGAUCUGCUUUUGGGCUGACGCCUGAUAUUCAUUCGUACAAUGGGCUGAUGUAUGCCUUUGGGAAGCUCAAGAAGACACAUGAAGCUUCAAAGGUGUUCGAGCACCUAGUAAGUUUAGGUGUCAAGCCUAAUGCAAAGUCAUAUACCCUGCUUGUUGAUGCUCACCUGAUUAACCGAGAUGUCAAAUCUGCUCUAGCCGUGAUUGAUGAUAUGACAGCUGCUGGAUUUGAACCUUCAAAAGUAACCCUAAAAAAGUAUGGAUAUGGCUUGAGUGGUUCAUCCGUCUAUGAUGUCAAAAUGAAUUAUUUUAUAAGCCGAUCGCUGGAAGGGCGUUGA